GCGCAGGGGGCGGGCAGAGGCGGGGCCGCGGCGCCCUUAUCCCCGGCGCGGGCGGCCGGGGUUCAGAGUGCGGGCCGCGGAGCGGGCAGCGCGGUCUCGGCAUGGGUCCGCGCGCUGGGCCUGCGCGGGCGAUGUCGCCCGGUCCUCCCUGACGCCUGACGCCGAGUGUCGCCGCCCCGAUGGCCGCGGAGUCCCCAGCGCUGCGCCUGCGGCCGCCGGGAAGCACCGGAGACAGCCCGCCGGUGCCGCGCCUGCUCGGAGGCUGCGUGCCGCUGUCGCAUCAGGUGGCUGGCCACAUGUACGGCAAGGACAAAGUGGGCAUACUCCAACACCCAGAUGGUACAGUUCUGAAACAGCUUCAGCCACCGCCACGGGGCCCAAGAGAGCUGGAAUUUUAUACCAUGGUUUACGCUGCUGACUGUGCCGACGCUCUUCUCCUGGAGCUGCGAAAACACCUACCCAAGUACUAUGGCGUCUGGUCCCCUCCCACCGCACCAAACGCAGAUGUGUACCUAAAACUGGAAGAUGUGACUCAUAAGUUUAACAAGCCCUGUAUAAUGGACGUGAAGAUUGGGCGGAAGAGCUACGACCCCUUUGCGUCAUCAGAGAAGAUUCAGCAGCAGGUCAGCAAGUACCCUCUGAUGGAGGAGAUCGGGUUCCUGGUGCUCGGCAUGAGGGUUUAUCAUCUUCACUCUGACAGCUACGAGACACAGAACCAGCACUAUGGAAGAGGCCUGACGAAAGAGACUCUGAAGGAAGGUGUCUCCAAGUUUUUCCACAAUGGCUUCUGUUUGAGAAAAGAUGCGAUUGCAGCCAGUAUCCAGAAGGUCGAGAAGAUUCUCCAUUGGUUUGAAAAUCAGAAGCAGCUUAACUUUUAUGCAAGUUCUCUACUGUUUGUCUAUGAAGGUUCAUCUCAGCCAGCUACUAUGAAAGCAAACGAUAGAACUUUGGUGGGGAGGUUUCUUUCCAAAGGACCCUUGUCGGAUGCGGACGUCCUGGAGUGCAAUAACAACUUCCACCUGUUCAGCUCCCCAGCCAACGGGACCUCAGUAGGCAAAAGCUUAUCGAAGGCAUACUCAAGACACAGAAAGCUGUAUGCAAAAAAGCACCAGAGUCAGACUUCCCUGAAAGUUGAAACUCUGGAGCAAGACAACGGGUGGAGAAGCAUGUCCCAGGAACACUUAAACGGAAACGUGCUUUCCCAACUGGAAAAGGUGUUCUACCACCUCCCCGCGGGUCGCCCGGAGAUCGCGGAAGCGGAAGUGCGGAUGAUUGACUUUGCUCAUGUGUUUCCUAGCAACACGGUAGAUGAGGGGUAUGUUUACGGUCUGAAGCAUCUAAUUGCCGUGCUUCGGAGUAUUUUAGACAGUUGAGUCUUGUUGCAGUCUGUGAAGGAGCGGGCCAGUCACCAUGGACAGCUGCAGGCUUAGCGGUGCACCCGUACUGCUCUGUAAAAAUUUGUAUUGUGAGUCAGCGUUUAUUUGUCUUUAUACUUUUGGUAGAUGGUUAACUUUUUUAUAUUCUUACUCAGGAAUACUAAUUUGUUCAUUAGAAAACUAUGAAGAAUAAAAAAAAAAAACAGGAAUGUCCAGUGUGGGGACAUGGAGCAAACAGCUGUAACACUUGCAAAUCAUUUACACAGUCAUUUGGAGGUCAUGUAGCUUUCUUUCUGUAGCCAGUCACCAUGAAAUCUCUGUCCACUCAACCUUGCCGGUGAGCCGACUUUAAACUAUGACUUUACCAUCCUAAGAUCUAGACAGUGUCCCUCAAACUGGAGAAGAUUUUUACACAGGAGGAGGCUCUGUGGGUUCUAUAUUAAAGGCAGAGCGCAGCGCGGCUUGUGAAAGAAAGGUGCUUGGGGGAGGGGGGCUCCACCAGCAGGGCUCCCUCCGGUCCUUUCUGUGCUCAGUGCUGAGCAUCAUGGGAAGGGGAGUGGGUCAGAGGGCAGCGGGACUGACCAGUCUUGGAAUUAACAGCACAAAUUUUCCUCCCUAGGGUCAAGAGAAGAGAAAUUAUUUGUAAAGAACACAUUACCUUUUUCUUUCUUUUGUCUUAAGGAAUUACAUCUCUGGGAAAGUCUUCAUUUACUAUGUUGUGAAAGCUGUCAUAAAGCACCAUGCUUUUUAUUACCAGUCUGAGGCUUCCGAGAGCUGAAUGGUGGAAACUUUGCUUUAUUUCUUCUUUAAUUUUUGAGAGUCUUUUCCAUUUUAAAAAAAUCCACUUUUUUUUUUUAAAUGUAUCCCACUUAAUUUUUAAGCCUUAGCAUAAACAUUUCUCAGAAUUUGGCUAAGCAUCAACAGAAUGUUGUGCCCGGUGCACUGGAGGAAUCCUUAGAUUUCACUCCCGCAGAGGUCUAACAGAGAGAUCCUAGUUAAUUUCACUCGGAGCAACUGGCAGGCAACUUUUCCAUGAAAACAAAUAGAUGUACAAGUGUCAUGUUUAUUUUACCACUACUGCCUUUUUCAAAGUUAACUGGUUAUCGUUAAAGCAUUUUCAAAACAAAUUAAAUUUGCAAAUCCUUUUGCUGUACUUGCGCGAUGUGAUAAAAUAACUGAACAGCUCGUCCUUUGAGGACAAUAGCUUUGAGUCACGACCUGACUUUUUUUUUUUUCUUUUAACCUUUUUUCCUUGAGGUUUGUUUACAAACCAAACUGCUAAAUCCAAGAACCAUUUUCUGUAAUGAGGAGGGACUUUUUCAGUCCAAAUGUAGUUUGCAAAUGCCCACAAUGUUUGAGCGGAGAAAGGAAUGGGUCGUUAACCAGAGUGGGUCUGGUUAAUGUGCCUUUUUGUAGGUUUUCUCUGGGAGGCUGCAGGUGUUCUCUGCAAGCACGUCACAUUCUCUGCCCAGGUGUGGACUGACUAUAGCUAAUUUUGUUUCUCUUAUUUUGUGGGAGUGAGUUUCAAGUGAUAAUUAUUAGAAAGCUUUCAGUUUUACCAUUUUUCUUACAAUAUUGACUUAUCGUUAUCUGGGUGUGAUUCGGGGGACUCUCAGGCUCAUCUGCUGAACACUAUUUUGAAUCUUAAGAGGCAGUCUGAGACGGUAUCAACCUUUAUACAAGGAAUGAGGAAACUCGAGUAUUCGAAGCUUUGGGCACACUUCAGCUCCGUAAAGUCUUUGAUCUACAGCUGUUUCAGGCAUUUUGGAAGCCAGCAUCCUGCCUUUCUGACAAUUAGGUUUUGCCUGAAUAGGCACCAGGAAGUGAUUCUUAUCCCUGCAUCUCAGGGAAGGGAUUAGCAUUCAGUUCUCGUUUACAUUUUACCAACUGCUGCCCACUCUGUGUUGCUUUGUGCUCCUUGACUCCAUGAUCAACAUGUUUGUGACAUAAGCAACCUGUGGCAGGUGUUUCCCGGUCUGUCCUGUCUUUAAAAAUGAUGCCAAGGCUUGCCGCUUUGGGGAAGAGGCAUCUAUCACUAGCCAUGCAUAUGUGAAUACACAGAUGUUUAAGAAAUAAGCAAACGGAGGAGGCGGUUUGAACUGGUGGCGAUGCUAGCCGCCGCCACCACCCCCCAAACAUGAUUUUAGUGUGUUCCUUAUGGGAUGCACUCAUAGAGAGGACUUGUGGGUGUGAAUACAUAUCUCAAAUAAAAGUUUAAAUUGUAAAAUAGUUUUAUAAUAAAGUAUUUACAUUAAUUAUUUUAAUAUGGAUGAAAGUUGCAUAAAUUAUAAUUGUGAAAUAUUUAAAUAGUCUUUCCAGAGAGUUUUGGAAAAUGUAUGGAAGUGGCUUUGAUGGACGUGGUGUUAAAUUAGUAUGGGAUGCUUUGUUUUGUGUGCUUGGAGGGGUCCUGGGCACUGCCUGUCCACACUACAUACAGAUGGCUACCGUGGUCCUGCAGGCUGCCUGGCUGAGUGGGAAUCCUGAAUGCCGGUGUCCUGUGAUGCAGCUGUCAGUGAUCUCCACAGCGGUACCCUUGCUGUCAGGCCUAUGAACUAGUUUAUAACACUUGGGGGGAAGUGAAUUUCCAUAAUUGCUUCCAUUGCAAUCUUUUUGUUGAUGUUAGGAUUUGGAAUGUGUAGGUGGGAGGAAGGGUUGAACUGGGAACUGACCGGCUCUGACUGUUAAUACCAUUCCCCUUGAGGUCUGACGUCCAAACUUGCUUGGUUGAAGCAGCCAUUUACACAGCUUCUCUUCCAGACCCUUGGCCAUGGUUUUUGUGUAGCUUUCAUUGCCCUUUAUCUUGCCCCUUAAAAUGGUUCAAUUAUACCCAGAAGCAUCAAGAUCCUUUUAAGAAUGGUCUGUUUGGUUACUCUCAGGGUAGUGUCUGGGGGCCCGGCCCCUCAGUUCAUUCAGACUCAAGCCUGCACCUCGCCAAGCAUUUUCAACCACUCUCCCUGUGAUCUGUGAACCAGUCGGGGCUGACCAUUUCCGGCACCCUGUCUAGGUGGAGGGGUUUGUAGGGAUGUCUUUAAAACAGAGAUACACAGACACCUGUAUUUAAACCUCUUAAAGAUGGUGUUUGAGUAAAGAUUAAGUCCUCUAAGUAUUGAGCUGCCACGCGGGCAGAUGAUCUAGGGACUGAGAUCAAGGGAACGUGAGCCGAGGUUAGAAGCCCAGAACCAUUGUCUCCAGCUGGGUGGCAGUUACAGACAGCAUAAAAACAGCCUUAAGAAGAAUGCUCUUAGGACGUAAAGGUACGUUCAGCCUUCACCUUUAGAAUAAUAAAUAGCACAGUGUGACUAGGGUUGCUCCUUGCUGGUGCAAACCUUUUAAACCUCAAGUUUUCAGAUCCCUGGGAUUUUAGAUUUGUCACCCGACGUGAAGGUAUUGACUUCAGAGCAAACUCUAUUAUAACAUCCAAUACUGAUCUGUUGAGAAGGAUUCAGCGUCUUUGCUGUCAAUGUUGUCUUCCCCCUUGCCUCGAUAGCUUCUAUCAAAAGCCACCCUGAUUCGUGCCAGCAAAUCAGACAGUCAAAUUAAAACAAAACAAAAAUAAAAAAACGCGUGUUGUGGUUAAACUUUGGCCUGGUGUCCACUUAAAAGAUUAGUUAUUGAAGGUAGGGUUUCUGGUCCCCUGUAGAUAGGGAAAAGGCACACAUAAACACUUGGCUUUGGGGUCUGUGGUGGAAGAUGGGAAGUCGCACCCACUUGUGUUUGCAGUAACAUCCAGGCAGCAGUGACAACCUCCCCCCACGCCCCCAACCCCCAACCCCUGGUUACUUGAUGAAUGAAUGUAUUGCUGUACUUUGGUGUAAAUGUCUCUGGCUUUCUUUUUCUCGGUGUUUGUAAUUUGUACUAUUGAUGGGAUAUUCUUGGAGGGCAAGGCUCAUCACUGUGUUUCUAGAAUCAUCUAAUGUGAUAUACCAAUUUUUAUAAGCGAUAUUUAGAUAACUAAUAACUGUACAUUCAACAACUUAUUAAAAUGUUUUGCAUUGGA